AUGACAUCAGUCCGCUGGGCAAAUCCAUCGACUGCCCUUAGAGCGAAUGAUUUUAUCGGGGACUUUGGAGCGAGGGUGAGAGAGACAGACCAUUGGGCCGAAGUUGUCGCCAUCGUUGACGUCCAGAAAAAAGCAAGAAUCUUCUGCAACAUGUCUUUGUCGAGAUUCAAAGGCAGUUUGAUCGGGGCAGUUGUGGCUGACUGCAUAGGAGCACUAUUUGAAGGUAUCCGUGUUGUCAGACUGAAGGACGUGCUUGGUGUAGUGGAGCAUAAAAUUGAGAAAGCGAGAAAGAUACAGAAAGAGUCAGGCACUCGUCCAGCUGAUGUGUAUGGUUUGCAGUUCACAGAUGACACAGCGAUGGCUCGUAGUGUGGCAGCGUCUCUCAUAGAGAAGGAUAAAUUGGAUGCUAGAGACCUGGCACAUAGGUUUGCUGAGGAGUUUAGAUCAGAGCCAGACCGAGGUUAUGGUGGCAAUGUUGUCACAGUGUUGAAGGCUCUGCGGGACCCAGACAUUGAGGAUGUGUUCAAGCCUGCCAGUGAACAGUUUGAUGGAAGUGGCUCGUACGGCAAUGGAGGAGCCAUGAGAAUUUCACCAGCACCCCUUUUUACAUUUUUUGACAAUGACAUUACAAAAUUAGAGAGUCUGACUGACUCCAUCACCCGACUGACACACACCAAUCCUCUUGCCAUCCAUGGGGCAAUGCUUGAAGUCUUUGCUAUAGAUGAGAUAAUGCGGAUGUCGCAAGGGCAGAGUAUUGAUGUCAACAAGUUUCUAGACUCACUCAUUGCUAAAAUGAAGCCUAUUGAGGAGAAAUCGAAUGACUGUUCAGAACCACUUGCAAAGAAAGUUGUGCCAAAGAGACCUUUGGAUGCCGACCCAACCCCGUACUGUGCGAAGUUGGAGAAGAUUAAAGAAUUUGCGUUCAAAGAAGAUUUGAACGCUUCCGAGGUUGAAGCUGUGUUAGGAAAUGAUGUGUCUGCUCUUGGGUCUGUCCCAGCUGCAAUUCUUUCUUUUGUCCGACAGGCUGUAACGCCUGAUCCAAAUAUGGAGGGCCGGAACGAAUUUGAACGCACAGUGCUCUAUGCAAUAUCCCUGGGUGGUGAUACGGACACCAUAGCAACCAUGGCGGCUGCGAUAGCUGGGGCGCUGUACGGUGCAGAGCAGAUUCCAGAGUCCUGGCAGUACUACUGUGAAGGGGUGGCAGAUGCUGAGACUUUUGCCGAGAAGUUCUUUCAGAGGGGCCAAGUGCAAAAAGUUGCGCAGGAUUAAAUGGAUUCUUGAAUAAAGGAAAAAGAAUGUUGGAUUGUUAACCUCUGACCUAAAGAAACCAAUGAGCCUGGCCCUCAGAACUUCAAGAGAGAAAACGAACUUGUUAAUUUAAUUUCUAACAAAUUUUGUUUAAUGAUUUAUUACAAUAGAUGCAGUUAAUUAAAUUUUUAACAAGUAUUGUUUCGUGAUUUAUUACAAUAGAUGAUGUAACAAUUGCAGCUUCCCUUCAUUGGAUCUCUUUAAUUUUCACUCUUCCAUCCAACCUUUCUUUCUAUUUCUAUCUUGUUAUCUUGUUUUUGCACAGCCUAGCUUUUUAUGAUUUGAAUAAGCUGCAUUUACUUUUCAUGAAAGACAAUUAUCUGUUGUAUCUAUUGGAGGGCUUAUGUUUUGAUUUCAUCGAUGUAACAGUUUCUCAUAUUUAAAAAAAGUCUGUUUGUGAAAAUGGUUGCAUUUACUGAUGAAGUUUGUUAAAGAAGAGAAACUAAUUUUUCCCUGAUUUUGAUGAAUGAAACGGUUUGCUGAGUCUGGUGAUAGCUAAUGUGAAAUUUGUUUUCCUCUUGUGUCACUUCCUGUGUUGAUAAUGGUGUGGAUGGCUGUUGCUUAUCAAAGAGUGCUUGCUGUAUAUAUUUUUCUAUGAUGUUUAAAGCUGUAGGUAUCAGAUACUAAAUUUUCAAAGUAGCUAUAUACCAAAUGUAUCUGUUCCAUGAAAAGCGUAUGUCUCCUAAGAAUUUUAGUAGUAUUGUUUUACCUCUCAGUCAAUUUUUAAGGAAAUGGCAGCUGUUUUAAUGUAAUCAAAUAUUGCUAGAUUCGCUAAUUGGCUGCAACCCUAUGUUUGACAGGUAAUAAAAAUGGAAGCUACCUAGUGCACCAAACACCUCCGCAUUAACAGAGUACAGUCACUAUAACAUAGAUAUAUGGAGCCUAGUUUUUUUCAAGACUGAAAACUGAGCGCUGUCCCGGGUGGCGCCCCACCGGCCCCCCGCAGUGAGCAAAUCGGCUCUAUACUGCAGUAUACAGAGUGUUCCCUGUGCUUUCGGAGUUUCGCGGAGGGAUUGAUGCAAAAUAAUUCCAAACCGAUGACUUUAUUCUAAUAGACCAUGAACUGAUCUUUCUGUUGGAAGCUUUUCUGGGCCAUUAUUUUACAUGUACAUAUUUUGUUUUAAAAAAUGGUCUUUGAAAAUAAGGCUAAUUUUACAGGCUUUCUAAUCGAAUGCCAAAGGCCAAAGAUAUACCACAAGAAACGCCAUUCAAAGCUCUGUAGUUCUCCACUAAUGAAAAGACAGUAUUUAAUCUUCAAUCUUUACGCGAAGCAUUCGAAUGCAUGGGUGUCAAUUUUUUAACUGGCCAACCUCACAUUCUGACUGCGAGGGGUUUUGCUUUCCACGGCUAUUCUCCAGCUCACAAAUCGCAGAUAUACAAGCGUUUUAUGUUUUAUAGCGAAAGAGCAAAGAAAGAGAUAUGUCUGAAUCACCCAAUUUUACUGAAACCUUGCACUCGGAAGGCUACGUUUCGGCUUACGUUCCGUGUUUAUGCUACCUACUUAAAAAACUAAAUACAUUUUUCAAAUACCUGUGAUAAAACAAUGUAGAGCUUAACCUCAGCUGAUACGACUUUGUUCAAAUUUUUAUUCUUGUAGGAUAAAUACAAAAACAGAAUAUCGUUUCACUGAUCUUUGUAAGAAACAAACAAAAUGCAUUAAUAACUUGGCUCAAGCUUUUCUAGAGAAUCCUGUUUUCCUGUUCUGAUUCCUGUUUGAUUUAUAAUUCUCAGAACCUUUGUGCUCUAUGAAAAACGGAAAUUAUCAGGUCUUUUCCUUAUGUAUCAUGCACACUUGAACUUUUUUAUUCCAUUAUUAUUAAAGGCAGCCCCCCAAAAAGUGUUUAGAAUUGUUUUUCUUUCACCUUUUUUGUAUGGAUUUUGACUUUGCUUUCUUUAAUAAUAGUGGACUCACGUUAAACUUUUAUGGAAUGCGGGUAAUCAGAAACAGCAGUAAACCUAAAGAAAAUGAAAUCCCCGAUCUGUUUAUCUGGGUUUUUUUUCUAUUUGAGUAAUCCUUCUUAACCAGGUCGUCCUGCUGAUUUCGGUUUGAGCUGACUCACUCUAUAAGGUGUAUUUGCUUCUUGUUUAUUGUAUUCCUGUCUGUACAUGUGGAUUGUAUAGGACAUUUUUUUACAUGCUUCACAGCUUUAAUGGGUUACUUGGUUUCUUUUUUCUGUUUGAGUUAAGGCAAUUCACGGGAAAGACAUCAGAAAAAUUUCCUGGUCUGGCGAUGAAUUAUCAGAAAAAUGUUUUCAAUCUCAUAAAAUGCACUUUCAACACAUUUUGGAUUCAUGCUGAUGACAGAGGAACAUAUUUAUUGUGUUCUAAUGAUGCCUAACAGGUUUCAUUCAAAUAUUUUAAAUUUAUUCAUCUUGAAAUAAGAUGACCUUCUAUCAUUACCACACUUUUGUUAAUUGUUAAUUUAUGCUUCGUUCAGAUUCUGUUAUAAAAUAGACUUUCUGCUUUUG